AACACCACACCACCUGAGAACCUGUUCAGCAGAAUGUUCUUCUCUGCUCCUGCUCCGGCUGUCCGCCAUGGACUUCUUGCAUCAUAUGCUGUCAUAUACUGGUUCACCUGGACUUGCACGGCACGAGACGUUUCACCGAUCCAUGGGCUUUAGCGUUGUUCAUCCAAUGAUCCUGGAACGAUGCGCGGACCUCCAAGCCACACGUUCAGCACGGGAGAACAAUGGCUCUCCUUCGCCCGCACUUUCGUCUUGCUCCUGGCCCUGUCUAUCGUCAUGGAUUCCUACGUGACGCAUACAAUUCAGGCAAGCGCUGCGCACCCACGCGUCGCGAUGUGCCUCAUUGGCGGGGCUCGGCACUUCGAGCUCACAGCAGCAUCCCUAAAGCGGCACGUGCUGUCAGCGUAUCCGGGCGCGCACGCCUUUCUCAUCGCGUCUCUGGACGGGGACGCCAAAAAGCUCGCGCUGCUGGCGGCCCACCCCUCCGUCGUGUCCGUGUCUGUGAGCAGGCAGGCUCGGAUCAACGAAACGCACUUCCCCACACACGUCCUGGCUGUGCCGAGUGUUCAGGGGCAGCUGCAUCAGUUUUUCAAGAUAGAGCAAUGUGCUGCAGCCAUCACAUCUUUCGAGCGCAAACACGGGUUCAAAUACGUAUGGAUCUUGUGGACAAGACUUGAUACGUACUGGACGGCCCCUCCUCCGCCAUUGCAUUCUCUGAAUCCAACGGCCUACGUUGUGCCAUGUGGCAGCCCAUGGGGCGGUCUCAAUGACCGUUUCGGCAUGGCGUGCCGAGACAUCGCAUUGGGCGCUCUAAAACGCCUAUCGUCCCUGCAGCAGCUGGCGCAGGCCAACCUGUCUCGCCUGAAUGGGGAGAAGGCCCUGCAGCACCAGCUGCGCCUGCAAGGCAUCACAGCCACGCCCUCUCCCCUGCCCUUCUGCGUGCUGUCUUUUCGCCGGAAGCUCUUCAACGGCUAUGUGUUUGCACCUCUUCGCUCCGCAAGUGCUGCUGUUGGCGUCUCCUGUCGCCCGUGCCAUCCCAUGCCCGCGCCUGUUCGAGCUUCGCGUAAGGAACAGGCCACUGGCAAUCGUACAAUGGGUCACAUCUGUCGUGAUGGCUGUGCUGCAAAAUGCAUGACAGGGAAUCCAAUACGGACUAGUGAUGGGAGGUGCAACCCUUGGCGAGGAUACGAGCCGGGCUGGCAGCAGAUUUUCUUGAAAGGCGCAUCAGAUGAGGAGAGAGACACACUGGAGUACGCAUCACAGUUGAUCAGGAAGCGGUGUGAGGAGGAAUGGGAGCGGUGGAGAAAGACGGCUCUAGUGUGGGAUUGCCCUAGUGCUCGUGAUAUUUGUGGGGCUGCCUCAGCGUGCACCAAGGGAAUAUGCAAGAUGCUGUAGGGUACAGAUUAAUUUCCUGCCUGUUGGAAAUAUCUCAAGGACUUAAGCGUUUCUGAAGUGUAACACUGUACUCGAGGAAGAUUACAGGGGAACACGCGAGUCAACGGAGGUUACACGAGGGGGCGGACAAAGAAUGCGAAAGGACUCGAAAGGUCGCAACUGGAGGUUGCGACUGACCGACUUAAGCGUUUCUGAAGUGUAACACUGUACUCGAGGAAGAUUACAGGGGAACACGCGAGUCAACGGAGGUUACACGAGGGGGCGGACAAAGAAUGCGAAAGGACUCGAAAGGUCGCAACUGGAGGUUGCGACUGACCGUUACAACAUCACGGAUGGUAACCGAAGCGGCAAUCGAGUCGCUGUGCGACUCGAUAAACCGUUCCUGUAACUGUAUUCUACAACUG